AUGAAUGCUGAUUUGAAGCGCGAGCGGGAACAGGCCAGCUUUGAUGUGCUGAAGAUAACCCACAUGUUUGAUGGUGGCAAGGCUGCCACUGAUCGCCGACGAUAUCUAGAGAGAGUGAUUGAACGAGAUCCAACUGAUAUCUUUUCGAACGAUGACAACCAUUAUCUUCAUAGAACGGAGCGUCACGUUCGAGCCACAGCAAAGCAUGUCCGUCUAGUGGAGAUUUGUCGAAAGCUUGGUAUUGGAAAAGAGUGCGGCGGUGAACUUUGCGAGAGCGAUGACUUUUAUUUCUUGCUGGACGCUGUUGCUGAUGAUUUGCCGACGGCUCUGCACUGGGUCAUGUUCCUACCAAAUAUCAAGACGUUGUGUGAUGACGAGCAACAAGCCAAGUGGUUGCCUCUGUGCCGGGAUUGGAAAGUGAUUGGCUGCUACGCACAAACCGAACUUGGACAUGGAUCGAAUGUAAGAGCACUGGAAACUACUGCUACCUUUGUUCCUGAAUCAAAGGGAGGCAAAAAAGGUGGAAGCUUCGUCAUUCAUUCCCCCAGCAUGACUGCUGCAAAAUUCUGGCCUGGUACGCUUGGAAGAACUGCGAAUCAUGCGAUGGUCAUUGCUCGGUUAAUUGAUGGAGAAGGCGUAGACCGUGGCAUUCACAAUUUCAUCGUUCCAUUGCGUUCCAUGGAAGACCAUAGUCUUCUGCCCGGAGUUAAAACUGGUGACAUCGGUCCCAAAAUUGGCUACAACAAUAUGGACAACGGAUUCGCCUACUUCGACAAUGUAGAAAUUCCUCGUCGCAACAUGGCCAUGCGAUUUGCUGAAGUGGACGAGAACGGAAAGUACUCCAAGAAACAUGUUUCCGCUGCUGCUUCGAAGGUUGCCUACAUCACUAUGAUGCAAGUGCGUGCAAUGAUCGUAAUGGGAUCCUCCAAGGCAUUGGCAAUGGCCACAACCAUCAACAUUCGAUACUCGGCUGUUCGAAAGCAAGGCUACAAUGAAGAUGGCAAGACAGAAGUUCAAGUUCUGGACUACAAACAGCAGCAGCACCGUAUUUUUCCUCUUCUUGCGGCAUCCUACUGCUUUUUCUUUUCGGGAAGAAAGCUAUGGGACAACCUCAAGAAAAUUGAACAUAAACUGAUCUCCAAAAAGCCCGUUACCAAGGUGCAAGUUGCUGAUAUUCAUGCCACGUCAUCGGCAUUAAAGUCUUUUAAUACGAUGGUUGCAGCUGAUGGUAUUGAAGAAUGCCGCAAGGCUUGCGGUGGUCACGGCUUUCUUGCUAGUUCAGGACUGCCAGAACUAAUGUGUAGCUACUUACAAAGCCCUACAGUCGAGGGAGACAAUCACAUGCUCCCACAACAGGUAGUUAAGGUACUAUUGAAGCUAGUACAAGCAGUCCAGAGUGGUGAGGGGGUUGAUGCAUACACAACUUGCGACUCUUAUAGUCUUGUUCCUUCGCUGAAAGCUCUAUUUAGUGGACAGCGAGAGAAGUGUCUCGCUGUAAACAAGACAGAUAUGAAGGACUUACCAACAUUGCUCUUGGCGUUCCGACAUCGUGCUGCCAUGCUUCUCAUAAACGUGGCGAAGCAACUCAAUGACGAUGUCAUGAAUGGAAAAAGUAUGCAGGAAGCCUGGAACUAUGCUUUGGUGGCCAUGGCCAAAUCAUCCAAGGCUUAUUCUUUAUUUUUGCUCUUGCGAAAUUUCAUGGAAGGAAUUAUGGAAGAACAGCGCAGCAAACUUCUUGGGCGGGCCGAGGUCAGCGUACUUGGCGACUUGGCCCGUAUGUUUGCAUUGUACUGGAUGGAAAAGGACAUCGGCGACUUCAUUCAUGAUGGCUACCUCACGGCCAAACAAGCUAGCUGGGUAGCACCAAAUGUAUUGGAAUUCCUAGAUGCUAUCCGUCCAAAUGCUGUAGCUCUAGCAGAUGCCAGAGAUCUAUCUGACUUUCGUUUGAAAAGUGCGCUUGGACGCUAUGACGGGAAUGUUUACCCACACAUUCUUGAAGCGGCAUACAAGGAUCCACUGAACUCGGUGGACCCAGGCCCUGCAUAUGAUCCAGAGCUGAAGCGCUUGAUUACGGGAGGAGUUGGAGUCUACAGUGGCACAGCGUCAAGACUGUGA